AUGACACCAAUUUGUAAUAUAUUUCACGGGAAUAUAGAAUUCUACUGCAACACGUGUAAACGAGACCUUUGUGCUCCCUGUAAGGAGAAACAUGUAAUAGAUUUGGACACUAUGUACCAUGAUAUAGUAAUAAGUCAAUAUAAGAAUGGAGUCAUGAUAUCAGAAGCGUGUAAAAGACACAAAGACAGAAAAUAUGACCGCUGGUGUCUAUCUUGUGAAAAUACUAUCUGUGUCAAGUGUAAUGAACACCUACAACAUGAAACACAGAAUAUAGAAUCAUAUUGCAUGGUGUGCAGAGAAAAGAGCAAUGACAGAAUUAUUCACCUCCGAGGCGAUAUACUUCCUAAUAAUAUGGUUAUCUUAUCGGAUAUAAAAUCUGACCAGGAAACAGAAAUUAUAUUGAUUCAAAAGGAAAUAUCCAAAGUCUGGUUGCAGAUGACAGGAAAAUGUCAGACACUGAAGGAAUUUAUCGAUAAAGAAAUGCAAAAGGAAUUUACUGAAUUAAUGUCUCAAUUAUUCUCAUCGAAAUUCCAACAUAUUGAAAACAUGAUAAGAUAUGAAGAUCAAUUUGAACAGUCAGCAAAUAGACCAGUACUAUUCCUUUUAUGGCUGAAGAAGUUUCAAAUUCCCAAAAUGAAUGAAAUUAAGGAAGAUGUGAUUUGUUUUAUAGGAAAAAUAAAACAGAAAAGGUUAGGGAGAAGGAAAGUAAGAAACGAUUCCCUCCUGGAAAUGAUCAGACCUGAGUUCCACAAAUCUUUAGUUGUGACAGAUAUCACAGAGUAUCGUCAUAUUUCUCUUGGCUUACCAAACAAAAUCUGGGUAAGUGAUAAAAAUAGCUUAAUCUUAACCAAUGCAAAUGGUGACAUACUGCAUCAGCUGGCAGUUAAAAAUAAUGGUGUUGGUGUACACACAGUGACCAGAGAAAAAGAACUCCUUUACAUAAAUCAAAAUGAUAACAUCUGUAAACUUUCACAAGACACCACAACAGAAUCAACACUAGUAAAGAGAUCAGAUCCCUGGAAACCACAUUGUAUCUACAGUUCCCUGUUAAAUGGAGUUUUACUAAUAGGUUCUGGUAAAUAUGAUAUAGGGAAAGACUACCACACAGAAGCAAAAGUAACCCGGUACAAUAGUAAAGGAUUACUGAUCCAAACUAUCCAAUACAAGGGCGAUGUGGAGGAAGAUACCGCUUCUCCUACAUCAGACCCCCUACAAGAGGACAACAAAUUUUACCAUGUGGGAUUUGUACAGACGUACUAUCAAACAUCCUGGUGUGCUGUGGCGACACAGGCUCCAUACAAGUUCUUGACAAAGACGGCCACUUUCUGUUACGACUGUUCAGAUUUCCAGACAUCAGGAUGCCAUGGAGCCUGGCCUAUGAUAACAUAA